AUGCUUGGUCUGAAGUCUAGAUUCAUUACUAGGGAGAAAUACAAAAAUCCAUCUGUUGUACGUACACACUGCAUACUUCAUCAUGAAGCUUUAUCACCCAGAGCCUUACAUACUGAAAUGAGAAAUGUCUUGAACAUGGUUAUCAAGGUUGUCAACUUUGUUAAAGGUGGAGCCUUAAACGGUCGUCUUUUCAAACUGUUCUAUAAAGAUGUGGAAUCUGAACAUGAAGCAUUGCUUUUUCACACGAACGUACGAUGGCCAUCAAAGGGAAACAUGCUUGGACGGCUUUAUGAACUACGUGAAGAAGUAGCAAAUGUUCUUGAUUUGCAGCAGAAGGCAGAUCUCCAUGGCAAAUUCCAGUCUGAAGGCUUUCAGCUAUCUCUAGCUUACCUGGUGGACAUCUUCGAAGCGUUGAAUGCUCUCAACCUUAAACUACAAGGGGUAAAUAUUAACAUUCUCACACACCAUAACACCACUCAAACCUUCGUAGCCAAACUCGUUCUCUGGAAAUGUCGAAUUCAGCAGGGAAAUACAACCAGUUUUUGUUAUUUGGAUUCUGCUCUCAUUCACGGUAACCUUGAUUCUGAGUUUAAGAAACAAAUAAUCACUCAUCUAACUGAUUUGAAAACAGAAUUAAUCAGAUACAUCCCAGAUGUAGAUGAAAAGCGCGAAGCUUGGAAAUUCAUCAGGAACCCAUUUCAGUGUCCUCGGAUUUUAGUUAUGUUUGGAUCCACGUAUCUUUGUGAAGCUGCAUUUUCCCACGCUCGUUGCAGUCAAGACCAAGAACAGAAACAGGCUGAACGUUGA